GGCAGGGCGGGAGGAGCGGCCGCUGCCGCCGCACACGGGCCGCUCCCCGCGGGCAGCGCCGCCAUGGAGAAGCAUCCCGGCGGGGAGGACGAGUGCGUGGAUUCGGGAGCCGAGACGGGCGGGUCUGAGUACAGCCGUAUGUCCUCUACGAGCAGUGAACUUUCUGUGGAAGGCAUACAAGACCCAUUCCUUGUUAGUGUACAUAUCAUCACAGACCCAGGUGAAUCCAAGACUCUUCAGCAAGCCAUCGAUAAGCUUCUAGCCUGGAUCCAUCCAGACCUCCAGCUGUUUCGUGUCUCAGAAAGACGAGCACCCAAGAAGCACAGGAAGCCAGGUAAGGCUGGCAUUCAUCAGCCAGCCCUUGCCAUCAUUCUGUUUCUGCAGGAGGAAUAUGGAGAAGAACCGAUCUUGCAGCUCCAUGAAACCUUUCAGCAGCCACCUUGGCAUUUCCACCACACAGAACGAGUGCAUGGGAAGUUCCUCCCUUACAUGCCGUGUAGUCAGGACUUUUACACCUUGGCUCCAGAGACUCCUCUGUGGUCCAUUCGCCCAGUGCACUAUGGGAAAGAAAUUAUCCGCUUCACUAUAUACUGCAGGAGUGAAAAUUUUGUUGACAUUUUGAAAUUGUACGAGUUGAUACUGAAAAGACCAGUAUGUCAGAAAAAAACGGACUUUUGUGUUUUUCCUCUCUAUUCUAACAUGGAAAUAGACAUCCAGUUUUCUUUAAAAAAACUUCCAGAGGGACAGGUGCCGAUGCCAACAGAGUCAGCGGUGCUGGAGUUCAGAGUAAAAGAUGUAGGGCAGCUUGUGCCUCUCUUGCCAAACCCUUGCAGCCCCAUCAGUGAAGACAGGUGGCAAACAGAAGACCACGAUGGAAACAGGAUCCUUUUGCAGCAAGCGCACAGUUGGUGUAGGAAGUCUGCAAAGAAAAAGCGACCAUAUCCAUCUGUGUCAACAGAUUCCCGCUUCACCACUCUGCCAGCCUUUCUUCCUGAGAGCCACCAAUCUGUCCCUGAGAAACCAAAAGAAAUGAGUCAAAACAAGGUACAUCACACAAAUGGCCUUGGUCAUCAUCUUGGUUUCUCCCAGGAGGACUUGAGACACAGUGAUCAAGGAGACUUCACACGCAGAUCCAGCAGUGCCUCCAGUAUUUCAUGGUCAUUUCAACGAAGCAAGUCUCUGUUCUGCUUGCCCACAGUGAACACCUCCUCAGCCUCAGAGACUUUUCAUUUCAGUGAGCCAUUUCAGUUUUUAAAUUCUGGGUCACCUGCAGCCAGGUUAAAAACAUGGAGAUGCAGUCCCAGGCUUAACAUUGAUGACCUGGAGGGCAGCCAGGAGACUGAUGUAGAUACAGGGAUGAAGCUGUCCUUCUCAGACCUGUCUGUGGUCUCUGCAUACUCUGUCCUUAAUGGAUUUUGCAGUGAUUUGGAAGCCUCUCUUCCCCCACAGAAGCAAACUGUUGGUAAAACUAAAUGGGCAGCCACUAGUGGAAGGCCUGUAUCAGCUAUGCACAAUAUCUUUGAGUCAGCUGAUGGUCCACUGCCUCCUCUCUCUGUAUGGUCAUCCAGCUCAUUCACAUCAGCAUCUCUCUCCAAACAACAGUCCCAACAGUCCUCCAGAGCAGCUCCUUGUUCUCUGAGUGAUUGUGGCAGUGUUUGCCCAGCUUCACCAGCUAAAGAAGAAGAAUUUUACAUAUGAAGUUUCUUUGUCUUACACCUUCAAGGGCAAACGUGUCCUACUUGUGAAUAAGAGCAGUGGGUGCACCUUGAGCUAGCAGGAAGUUCCUCACAGAGGAGAAGGUGAUGUAGCAGAACAUGCUAAAUGUUUGAAGAAAGCAUUCAGAUCCCUCAGAGAUGUAUGUCUCCAAAUUAUUUACAAUAAAACAGUCUGAGCUUGCACACAGCGUGUUUGUGUUGGAGGGGAUAAUCAGAGGUUUGUCCAUGGCAGUGCAAAGUGGGUCGUUCCUGUGACUGCCCUUUGGAGUCGUCGUGAAGGAAAUGCUGUGAGAGGCACACAAUAAUCCAGAUUUCUUUGGAAGAAACUGAUGUUUUGUGACACCAAACUGCUUUAACUUUUCUGAGAAAUUCCCUUGACUCAGGAAAGAUGGGAGAAGAGAGAGGUCUUCUUUUCCUUUCACAAGUUCCAAAGGCAGCUCUGAGCACAGCAGGUCCCAGUAACACAUCUCCUCCAGUAGAGUCAGGCAAAACAUUUCCUGUGAGGACACACACAAUUCCUUCUAACUUCUGAGAGCUGGCAGUGCUGAGGUGGGGAGAAGCUUCACACUUUCACCAAGGAAGAAGAAGCUCUGCUGUUGCUUUGACCAAGAUAUGGGAAGUGCCAAAAGGGAAACCUUACAGAAUAUUUUCAGCCCACCCACUCAAAAAGCCUGUCCUUUCCAGUUGGACAGGAGCCCUCUAGGCUGUUAUCUGACCCACUUGUGUAGACAAUGGUAAACCCAAAUACACCAUGCUUGCUAAUCAGAGCUUACCUUUUUGGAAUACUAAAGAAGGAACAUCACCCAGCAUUUUUAUAUAUUGCUCCACCGCUAAUCCAAAAUACAUGGCAGUUCCAUGUUUUUUCUGUUAGGAAUCAUUAAUGCAAAAACUUAUUCUUCGUAUUUCCAAUGGAAGCAUACUUCUUUCUGAGUAAAACACAUUUCUUCUCAAAUACCUCUCUCUGAAGGGAGAAUGGAUUGUAUUUUACUGACUUUUCAAGUGAUGCUUUUGAAAUACACAUUCUGGAUAACCUGUUCUGCUCCAAUUCAUUUGAUAUUUGAAAAUAAAAAGUAAGUAAAAAGCUGUUAAUAGGAGAGCUAAGUACCUUCACCAAGAUUAAAGUUAUAUGUACAGGUUGCGUUAUGCACGUUCUGAAAAGUUACCUUUUUGGCAGAGAAGUGACGCUGAUUGCAGCUCUGGUCUGGCCAGUGAGAAAAUAACCAUGUCAGAAGGUAUAUGCAUAAUGCUGUAUGUAACCUGUAUACAGGUAUAGAUGCUGAAGAUCUACCAUGAUGGCAUUGGCAUUGUGGUGUAUGGAAUAAAAAUACAUUUGAGGAGAAAAAUGUAUACUGUAUUUUCAGAUAGUUUUACUCAGGAGAAUCGCUGCUUUGGGAAAUAAAAAAAAAAAAAAAAGAGAGAGAAGCACACACAUAAUCUACAUAAUAAUUACAAAAAGUGGAACAGCUUCCCUGGCCUCUUUAAGUAAAUGUGGUUUGUACAAACGGUUCUGGAAGAAAGCCUAGGGAAACUGAGUGCGGGUUUAUUGGGGAGGAAGGGGGAUUCUAUGUACCCCCAGCCCAGAAGAGGCCAGAGUGACAGUUAAGAGUCAGGAUGAUACUCCUCAAGGCUUUUUCCUUUUGCUGUCAUUUUUUCCACACAGGGAAAAAGGCAUCAGUCCAAGCCUCUUUGUGAGAUGCUGUCAUAGCAUGUACCAGAGGUAGAAUUUGUCUUUUGUGCUAAACUCAGUGUAUAAAUAGGAAAAUCUAUUCAAGCUCUAAGAACAGAGGAGAUUAUCAGCUUCCUCCUGCCCUCAAAACUGUUUAGGCUUACUGCAGUUUUGGGUAAACUGUUCUCUUAAGAAAGGUCUGGGACCAGAAAUAACACUAGUGAAGGAUUUGUCAUGGUGUGCACGUGUUUACUUGCACUCCUUCAGAGCCCAUACAGUCUUUCCUCUGACUUUCAUGUCCCUUAGAUCAAAUGCCCAUCUGAACAUUUCAGAUCCAUGUUAUCCAAAGUUGUGCUCUGUGUCAUUGUUUGUACCCUGUCAAAACUAUUAUAAAACACUGUGAAGUCAGACCAGAAGUUUUUUCCAUCAGCUCUCAAUUGACUGUAUGAGCAGUGAUGCCUAGAACAGUCAGACUCCACAGGUUUGAACUUACAAUUCAUUAUUUUCUGUCUUAUUUGUGGUAGUACAAAAAUAAAUUAUGAAAUAGCAUUAUUCAUGGGACAGCCAUUUCACCACUAGCCACUUCCAGAUAUGACAAACAAUAGAAAUAAGUUGAUUUGAAUAUGUUAAAAAUUUUAAUAUUCAUUAUUUGGGAGAGUGGAAAGAAAAGUCUUUUCAAAAUAUUUUAAUAAUACAGAUAACAUUUGAUCUGAACAUGAAAUCAAAAAGUCUUCAGAGAGCUGGUUUGAGCUGAUCUAUCUGAUCCUGGAAUCAUGCCAACAUCCAGACUCUCAACCGAAGCUGAUUGGGGCUUUCGAUGAAGAGGAAGCUUUGAAACAUCCUUCUGCCCAGGGUGUGCUUCUGCAAGGAGUUCAGCACAUCAAGGGACUGCCUCCUUACACAGCUGGAAGCACUGGUAGUGGAAGUCUACAAACAAGCACAGGAUAGCUCAAGUGUCAGUCGUGAGGCUUAUGUGUGGCAUUAACCAGCAGCCCUGCAGACAUCUCAGCUCCAGAUUUUACCACGUUAAUUCAUAUGAGAAGAAAGGCAAAUGAGCCUCCACAGACUCUGAAUUUAUGCUGUCUCCACUGGUUCUCCCUGCAAAUAUUUCUGUUAUGUUUACUGAUACUUAACUAGAAAUGAAAGUUUGAAGUGUUUACAUUCAUGGUGCUUGCAACCAAAUUUUUUAAUAACUUGGGUGUCCUACUGUCAGGAAAACAGAGAUGAUAGUGUACAGAAGAACUUUGUCUGUAAUUUAAAAAGUCAGAUUUUGAACAGUGUUUCACUGAAGUUAGGAGUCCUUAAUUCUCUUGCCGUUGCUUAAGAAGGGAUUGAUCUCUUCAGAGACUUGAUUAUGCAUAAGUUUCAUGGCAUUUACUUAUGUAUCAUAUUGUUUUGGUUAAAUUAGGAACAAUGUCAUAUGAGAACUGCAGGUUUUCCCUGAACUUUCUCUCCUCCUCAACCCCUGAAAUGCAUUGCUUCUGUGAAA